CGCGAUUCGUUUUUCGGACGUUUGAUUAUUGAAAAGAAAAACUCCAGGUUUAUUCGUAUGAACCGAUCUCAGAGAGAAAAUCAGAGCUCAGAGUCCACUCAGUCCGGAGUAGACAGGUGCUUAUACAGUAAAGGAGAGCAGCAGGAUGAGGGAGAAAGAAGGAAGAAGAAAUGAUCUGUCUUGGUAUGCCGAGGGGGCCAGUCUCUCGUGAAUCGUCGGACCCGUUGUCGCCGAUCGCUGCUCACCUGACCCGAAUAUUUUCGUUCAUUAGAGCGAUAUUAAUCGCCGCAACGAAUUCCGCGCGUAAUUAUACCGCGUAAUUAUACCACGAUUAUAGAAACGAUUCGCACGACUCGAUGCUUUCGUCAGCGUGGCGCAAUUGACACCGAUUGCGCAACUUGGUCAACGCGGAUCUGCUUUUAUGGAAUUAGUCCCAUCCAACUCGUCCAUCUACAACUUUUAAUCUCCUCGUUUCUAAAAGCGAAUGUUGCAAAAACGAGCGAGGUUUUAAAACCGAGUAGCGUAAAUAUUCAAGCGAUUUUUAACGAUAAAAAGACUCGGGUAAAAGUAGUGUUAAAGGAAACAAACGACAAUUCGAUUUUAAUUAAAAGGUCAUCCGCAUGAUGACGAAGUAUAAUAGUUUGACUCUACAAAUUGAUAGUAAAGCGUUGUAAUGCAGAAACCUGUACAUUUAAUGCAGAAUGCAAUUGACUUAUUACAUAUUUAUUACUUUAUUACAAGAAUAUUAAAAUAAAAAUAUUGAUAAUUGAGGCGAAAUUAAUGACGACGCAACUGGCACAAUUUUAAAUAGUUACAACGUUUCGGUCCUUACUUUGGGCCCUUCUCAAGUAACAUUCAAACCACUAUAAAUUUAUGAUUCGUGUCAAUGGAUCAUGAUUUAAACUACAAUCAUUUACAAAAAUCUGUGGUGAGCGGAAUUUAUUUUUUAUUUUUUAUGUGUACUAUGAAUAGCGAAGCUCGCAGACUCACGUGUUGUUACAGGAGAACAAAGGAACAAUUAGUAUCGCACCAAGUAACGGAAAAAAUUAAAUUGAAUAUAACAAAGCACAUAAUGCGAAAAAACAUUGCACGUCUUUACUGAAAGUCAGUAACUGUCAGACUGAUAAAUAUUGAUAAUAUAACAUUAAAUUAAACUAACACCUAAUCGGCUUUUUUCUGUAAUCGUUUACGAUUAAUCUAUCAAUGAUGAUAAAUCGUGUUUUAAAAUCGUAUUUUCCCUUCCUUAGUCAGAGUGUUCGUUUCCUAAACUUUGUACUUAGAUACUAGGAUAAUUUCUUAGUGAAAUUAUAGGUUCCAACUAUAAUUCCACAAAGAAAACAUAUAAUUCUCGAUUAGCGAAAUAAAGAAUUAAAAUUUCAGAAAUUACUUCACCAUGAAUAUAGAAAAAAAUUUUUUUUUAAUUUACUUUUAAAAUCAUGGUAGGCAUGGGAUAUAGUAUAGUAUUUUGAAGAAUUCUAGUAAAAUUUAAUAAAAUUUAGUAAAAUUUAAAUUAUUUUAUUAUAAUAAAUAUUCACAAAUUAGACAUUCAUCACCAAAUCAUGAGAACAUUGCAUAAAAUUGUUCGAAAUAUCAAUUUUUGUUCCACGACUAUCACAAUCUUAAGUCAUAUAUAGAAUAAUAUAUUGCAUAUCUUUUUUUAAAUAUAGAUAUUUGAAAAGGGAUAAUUAAAAAGUGAAAAAAUAUAGGAAACACUGUUAUUUGGCCCUUGUCUCUUACGCUCGAUCACGCAAGUUUAGCGCGAGCCGCGCGAAGGGACCGAAGCUGCUCUUAGACUGCAGUUUGGAUUAUACAGCGUCAUUCAUAUCGCCGUCGCAUUCUUUCGUAAUGACCGACUCAUUUCGCCUUCGUUGCCUCUCACAUUUGGGCCAACAUGGAGGAAUGCGUACAAGUCCACGCACGCGAGACGCGUCCCGCGUUCCCGACGCGUUUCUGUCGCGUGCAUUCGCGCACAUUCGUGCGGAUAAGCCGCUUUUAUAUUCGCCGCUUUUAAAUUGAUCCGAUUGGACUUAACGACGGCGAUCGGAGCAACCGAGCCCAACCCGGAGCUUCACUAUAUUUAAUCGCCGUUGAUUUAAUCCGUGAUGAUAAUGACCCAGUAUCAAUCGAAAUCAAUUACCUACCGUCUCGCGUAUAAAUAAUCAAUCGCUGUGGAAGGUGUGGUAUAUGGGGAUGGUACGAUGGAGUAUACCGAUCCUUCUAUAGCGCGAGUUGCGCAUAAGUCACGCGUCUCAACGCACGGUGUAAUCGCGUUUUAUCGAUUGCCUUGGAGUCGCGGAGCAGACGUCAGGUGCGUCAGUUUCGAUGCUCUGAAAAGAAGCGCGGACGACGGACGCCAAGAGUAUGACUGAUUACACGCUUAUUACCCGCCUCUAAUUACGGCCGAGCCUAUCAAUUAUACACGUAUACAUCAGCUUCAUAUAUUUAAUUCUUAACAGUUAGCAAUAUACCUGUUAUAACAUGCGUACAUGUAUAACACGCGCAUAUGUAUACAUAUAUAUAUUUCUUUUCAUCUAUGCAAUCGUUUGUUUUAUUCCUUCUUUGCGGCGUAAAUAAAUGGAGAUGCGUAAUGAACUUCCGAGUUUUUCUUAAUUAUUUAACUCGCUUCGCGAGACUUCUCGACGAUCGAUCUCGAAAAUAAAUCGAUUACUAAAUAAUGUUACGGACGCCACUAGAUUUAGCUCGCGCGAUAUCGGGAAGCGUGCGUGCGUUACGUGCGCGAAGCUAAUUGGUAGAGCAGGUAACGAAGGUAGCGAAGAGGGACAGAGAGAGAGAGAGACCGGUCCAAAGUGAUCCAGCGUUAGAUUGGAUCGGCGUGGAUCGCGCGAGCGAGAGCAGCCGACAAAUCGUGCCGUCGUUAGAUCUACGACGUAGGAAAGUUAGGGAGCCGAUACCUGUUGCGGAGACACGCAUGUCGCCGUAAAUCGUAAACCGAUGACGCGCAGAAUGAAAAUAACUUUCAGUGAGCGAUGAGAAUAGGAGGGAAGAUAUGAAAGGAAGGAAGAGGUUAGCGUCGCGAGUAUCUGUUGUAACGUAAUACGAAAGAGAAUUGACUACAAAUUCCGUGUGCUGUAGGAAAGAAAUUAACCGUGCGAGAUUUAUUGCAGCGCGAUAAUAAUAAAAAAAAAAACAUUGGCAUUGUAGUAUAAACCUGAAAAAUUACGUAAGUUGAAUGGCCGCAAGUUUACGAGACAUGGAUGAGACUUAAAACAUCCUGUGUAAUGUCCUGCAAGAAGCAUUAGACGUAAAAUUUGAAAAAUAUUACAAUAUUCAAGUAAGAAAUCAGAAUUUUUAUUGAAGUUUGUUUUGUACAAUUUUAAUAUCUGUUAUAAAAUUCCAAUGCAAAGUACAAUCUAUUUUAUACUAUAAACAUCACAGUUGAACAUAAUAAUUAUAUACUUAUUUCCAUCGCGCGUGGUACGCAGUGUGUAAUAGAAAGACCUCUACGAAUUACGCGUGUGUUGAUAAUUAGACGCUCGAUCAGAAGAGCGAAGUACAAGAUUAUCUUUCACGCACGGAGAGAACCAGUCUGACCAAUCCAAAAAGAUUCGGACAUCCGAUAAAUUGAUCUAACUAGAUCUCGGCGUGCCCUCGGCAGGACGCAGCCCGGCCGUCAUCCGCGAAGGAAGCGACAAAGCGGGUCCGAGAUAAGUAUACACUCGAGUUCAUUGACAAGCACGUCCCCGCGGGAUCGCUUCCCUCUCGACGUCCCCGCGACCAGGAAGAGGAGACGAACCGGAGGGGGGAAAAAAAAAACAUCGAACGUCCCACCGAAGGGAUAACGUUAAAUCCGCGUCCUCCACCCUGCCGCCGCAUCCGUCUUCAGCUCGGGUUGCGCGGCGAUCCUUCUCUCGAUCCGCAACUCUACUCUCGCGGGAGAAGGAGGGAGACACCGAGCGGUCUAGUCUCCGACUGCGGUCGAGCCGAGGAGACGACGCUCGAGAUCGAAGAGGAGGUACGUCAUACGCGGACGGUGGAGGAAACGACGCGGAAGGGGAUUAGCAGGGCGAGGCGGGAGGCUGGAGCCUCUCGAGAGAGGCGUUCGCGGGAGCAGCGUGGGAUGAAGCGGGACGGAGAGCGCGACAGCUGGCGUCGUUGAUGAUGUUGGUGCCUGCGAACUUGCAUCGGUACCAACGCGGACGUGUACGAUGGUAGCGUGUAAUGGUGCGAUGGUCACCGGCGCGCGAUGCUGAUGGUGGUGGUGUUGGUGGUGGUGGUAGUGGUGGUAGUGCUGGUCGUGGUGGUGGUGGUCCACCAGGCAUAUCGCAGCGCAGCUCCAGCACUUGCUGCUCCACGCAUGAGGAAGCGAGAGAAAGAGAGAGAAAAAGAGAGAAAAAGACACUUGCCCCCUCCUGCCGCGGGCGGCGCCACUCGAGGAGAUCCUUUCCUCUUUUCGCCUCUAGGCCAUUCUCGAGAGGCGCGCGCGCCAACGCGGUGUCGCCCGAUCGGUCCUCGUCGACCUUCGACCAAUACACGGGCGUUCCGAAAGAGUGCGUACUAUACCGCGGCUUUCCACCGGGUGACUUUUCCGUACGUGACCUCGCGGGUUGGUUCGGUGCUCCCUCCCCGUCCCACCCGCCGCCGAGUCUCUCCUCGUUCGAUCGCCGACGUCAUCGUCGUCGUCGUCGUCGUCGUCGUCGUCCUCGUCCUCGUCGUUGUGAUCGUAACUGCCGUUGUCGUCUCCUCUCCGUCUCCACGUGACAGUGCACGACCACGUGGUCCACGAUUGAUCGAUCGCGCCCUCGCCGCGCCGCGGGAUACCAACGUCUCCCAACGCUACAAAGUGAUACGGAUUCCGGAAAGUGACGAUUGCCGUUUAGUGCCUGCCGUCAACAGAAUUAUGUAAGCUGCAGAUGAGGUAAAGGGAUCCGUGCGUAUAUAAUGCGUGAAUAUCAAUCACUACUAUUGGCAGUGAGGAUCACUGAGAAUUCCCCCCGCGGGAUCUCGCGAUCGCCGGCGAGGAAGGGUGCGGGGAGCCGCGCGUGACGAAGAAUUCGAGAGAAUCUGCUGCUCUUACGUAAUUCAUUACGCGGGAUCGCAGUAAGUUGAGGAAGAUAGAAAGAGAAGGAGAGGAUAUCGGCAUGUCCGCCGUGCGCAUCGAUCGAUCGAGGACGACGGUAUCUCGCCGCCAACCGCCGCCGUCUCGAUUCCGCGGUGAAAUCGGGCCGGGUCGAGCGACCGGGCGCUGUCGCUGAAUGUGAAGAAUAAGUGGCAAACCUGCCAUGUGACUCUCGAUGGCUGCUGCUCUCGCGGCUUCUGCGUCGUCGUUAGAUACCACGCGAGCGUACGCCACUGGAUGCCCCGCGCCGAUCGAAACGAGAUCGAAUGGAGAUUCCACAUCGAAGGGGGCCGGCAAGUAGAUCGCCCGAUCGUACCGGUGACUAUCCGACUACGUUUCCUCAAAAUCAUUAGUCAUCCUGUUGAUGGCGUCGAAAGGAAGGAAAAAACGUUCACCGCCUGGAUGACGUGACCACGUCCGACUACGAGGAAAAUCCGCACGCGUCGACGUAUCCGAUCGAACGAUCGAUGCCGUUUUAGCGGCGCGCGAAGGCAGGAGAAAAACGGAGCGCGGAGGAGAGUUGAAUGCGCGCACAGGCAGGCAGGCAGGCGACGCGAGGUCGUCUCCCUCGACCGAUCGUCGUCUCGAAACCGACCAAGUUCGAAACUCGUUCGAAAGCUGACGCAUCACGUGAACGCGAGCGAGACGCGGUCCGGAGGCGAUCGGUGACGCAAGAUUCCGAGGCAUUGAACUGCCCCCCCCUCCCCCCGCGCGCGCAUUUUCAAUGCGCGAUAAAUUUCCAAUCGCCGGCGCGGCGAGAUUUCAGAUUCGCAAUUUGCAGUAACCGCUAAUCCGCCUCGUAUUACCCUUACCGUUGCGUUAUCUCUCAUUGAAACGACCGCGAUGAAUGCCGAUUCCCUCCGUCGUGCCUCCGAUCGAGAUGUCGGAGCUCCGGCGCGCCGACAGCUGUUCGCAAAUACCGUUGACGUUUGAGCUCUCUUAAUUGAGUGGGACUUAACGCGCGCCGUGAAACAGCGUGGCUUCCUCCCGGGACGGAGAUGACUACUACUCUACAGCGGUAGUGUAGUGAAAGUUACGUUUGACAGCGAAUUUGCAUACAAUUGUAGCAGUGCCAUUGUUGUAGCUCGUCACUAUGGGUACUCCGAAGUCGCAUGCCAUAGUAGUGAUCUGGAGUUCCCUUUAAGACAAUCUUUUUUUUUUUUUCUUAGGAAAACGUGCCACUAAUUUUCCUGUGCCACUUUACUGUAAAACUGCGGCGAUUCGCGCAUAAUGGCGUUUCAUGCGCGUCUGAAAUUAAACGUCAUCAAACGACCGAUGAUCGCGCACCGCCGCGAUUAAUGGCGGUUUUAAUGCCUGGAUCGCGUAUGGAAAUUUAAUCGCGCGCGGAGUCAAGGCGAAUGGAGAAAACCCGAAUGAAAAACUCACGAGUGACGUCCUCGGGAACGCUAACGACUUGCAACUCCGCGGUUUGAACCGCGCGAUUCCGCUUGUCCAUAUUCCUCUUAAAUAAACCAGGUUUAUUCGGUUAAUGGACGAUCAUUAUGCCAUCAAGGAAUAAUCAGAGGAGAUUGCCGCCGACGAUGCGACUCGACAAACCAAACGCACGUGGAUAUUACUGACAAUCGGAUCUUCGUAAUUGGCCGAAGUUUUAACGGCGAUAGCAAAACCCAUGCGCAUUCCUCUCUCAUUAAACGACCAUUACUGGAUGAUGUACGCGUUUUCCGUCGACCGUAAUGACAAAACAUAUGUAGACGUAGAUCGAUCGGAUUGAAGUUUAACACGUGUACACGAGGCUGUUACGGUCUCAUUAUCGACGUUCCUUGUUAUCGUUGUCGUCGAAAUUAGCAUACGACAAACUGGCACGGAUUCUUUCCAAUUAAUAACGAUGUCGUCGAAACUCCAGGAUUAAGUAAUCUCUGGUGACUUUUGUUAAUUGGUCACGGAACGAACGAGGUUUUACGGCGACGGAACAACUCUAUGCGCGCACGUUCGUACUCACUUGGCCACAGUCGGUGUCACGCUGUUACCUGUCAGCGGCCGGCGACCGUCUCGUCGGAUCUGCGCGAGUCCCGACGAGCGAGGUAGCGGGGUAUCGUCAACUAAACUUGGGUGUCCAUCAUGUCCGUGCUGGAGACCGGCGAGACCGACCGGACGACGACGAUGUCACCGCUGGACGAGGUCGUAUCGCCGACGAGCGUCGAGUCGGAACUGAUGGUCACCGACAUGUUAGACGAGCACGAGGUCGCGCUUAACGAGCACGGCAAGCGUAAGAGAGACACGGACGGCGAGGAGUUGACGCCGAGGAAGCUGCCGUCGCUCACGAGGAACAACAACGAGGUCGGAUUCGUUCUCGAGGGUAGUCCCGACGACGAGCUCCAGGAGGACAGGGACGACGACCGUCUGACUGGUCAUGGGGGCAUCUCCUCGCUGGGCGGCGGGAAUUCGUCGCCCUAUUCCGGUGCCCAUCAUCACGGACACCGGGGAAACGGAAAUGGGGGCGGCAUGCCCCACCACGGGGGCGCUUCGUUGCCGACCGCCUCCGACUUCCAACCCCCCUACUUUCCACCCCCGUUUCCCUCGCAUCACCACGCGCCCGCUAGCCCCCAGCAUCCCGGUCUCGGCCAACCGCAACACCUGGAUUACCUCGUCGGCGAUCCUUAUACGCAAACGCUCAACACGCUGCAUCAGCACCAUUACAAUCACCUGAGCGCUGCCGUCACCGCGGGCCAGAGGAGCGGCGAUCUCAGGAGAGACACCGAGGGGAUUCACGUGACGAACAUGCACGCGUCGUUCCCGUACGACGGCGGACGCAGUAGUAGCGGAGGCGGUGGUGGCGGAGGCGGCGGCGGCGGCGGUGGCGGCGGUGGCGGUGGAAGGGGUGUCGAGUAUGGCGCCGUACGCCGUCCUGACGCCCUCCUACCACCUCCAGGCCUCGACCAGACCGACCUCGUUCUGCACAGCAGCCUCGUUGACGACCCCCAGGUGAGCGACGAUAACACAAAUGUGGACGACGGAGGGUUCAUGAAUGACUUGCCAUUAUUAAAAAAUAUGAAACCUUCGGACAGGAGCGAGAAGGCUAUGUUGUCCGGAAACGCGCAACCGUCGGACGUAUUCUGUUCGGUCCCAGGACGAUUAUCGUUACUAAGCAGCACCAGCAAGUACAAAGUUACGGUAGCGGAGGUACAAAGACGACUCUCGCCACCGGAAUGUUUGAACGCGAGUCUCCUCGGUGGCGUGUUACGAAGGGCGAAAUCAAAAAACGGUGGGCGUCUGCUUAGAGAAAAACUGGAAAAAAUUGGUUUAAACCUGCCAGCCGGUAGAAGGAAGGCCGCCAACGUCACGCUCUUAACGUCAUUAGUGGAAGGAGAAGCCAUUCACCUUGCCAGGGACUUCGGCUACGUUUGCGAAACCGAAUUCCCUGCAAAGCAAGUCGCCGAGUACCUCAGUCGGCAGCAUUGCGAACCACAAGACUCCUACAGGAGAAAAGAACUUCUUCAUGCCACCAAACAAAUCACCAAAGAGCUGAUGGAUCUUCUGAAUCAGGACAGAUCGCCACUCUGCAAUACGCGGCCACAACAUAUCCUCGAUCCUAGUAUACAGAGACAUCUCACUCAUUUCUCUCUUAUAUCACACGGAUUCGGAAGUCCUGCGAUCGUGGCCGCUUUAACGGCUAUACAGAAGUUCCUAAGCGAAUCUUUGAAUCAUCUAGAGAAGAUGUAUCCCGGGAACGGUAGCGGCGUAACGAGCAGUCAACAGUCGAAUCUCGAUUCGAACAAAAGUAAGGAUAGCGCGCUGAUGAACGAUAUGAAGAAGUGACGCACAGAAGACCCGCCUACCUCGAACGUGGUCACGUCUAUCAGGCACUCCUGGCCGUAUAAUUGAGCUUCCGCGCGUCCAUCGCUAUUGCGGAAAGCUCGUAGUGGCCCACAGUGGAAACGCUCGCGGGCGCGUCGCACGCGCUGCUGGCACUCACGUGCGACGUGCCGCGUGCCCACCGUACGCCGAGGUUGGCUGGUCGUAAGCUUCCGUAGGCAAUUCGACACGCAGAUUGCGUGAUACGUGCGAAAAUGUGCAAUCAGGGAUAGAUCGGUGAAUAGGAAACGGGAGGAGAGAGAAAAAUUCUUAUUUCGUAACGGAGCCCCGAGUACCGAGGGGCUGAACUCUUUGUCGCUGGUCGCCUUUGAUAUAGAUUCUAUUCGUUUUGUACGUUUUCUUAAAAACGUCUAAGAACGUCUCCGAGACCUGCCUACGAAAACCUUCAGGACUUUUUCUCGUCAACUUAUAACUGCGCGACUAAAUUAUUAUCGACAUGAUUUUACAAGAAAUUGGAAAUAAUAAUUGUUGUAAACAGUGAGUAUAUGUUUUAAAUAUGCAUCAUGAUAUAGAAUAAAACAGGAAUUAAAUUUAUCUUCUGUACAUCCAACGGAUAUUCUUGAACAUUCUCAAGAAAAGUUAUGCAAAUAUUAUUUAAAAGUGCAUACACAAGUAAUUUUCUUUCUUGAAAUAUGUAUUAAAGUUUCAAUAAUUUCCGUUUAUAAAAACUCUACUAGAAAUGUAAUAAAACCGUGUUAAUACAUAUAUAUAGUAAUACAGAAUUCAAAACAUACAAAUAUCGCGGAAAAUAGAUAUUUGAGAAUAUCUGUUGGAUAUUCGAGUAUAUACUUGAAAUAUAUUAUAUAAUCAUAAGCGAGAGAAACAUUAAAAAUAAUUUACUAUCGUUUUAAAUAUUCCAAGAUAUCAAAAAACAAUCAAAAGUAUGUAGUUAUGAUUUUUACAUUUAUAUUUUCCACACUUUAUCCCACCGAUAAAUCGUAAAUGACAUAUCGACUUUUAAAACUACGAUUCGAUAAUACACAAGUCGUCAUUUCACGCACUUUUAAAUAUGCAACCGAUAACGUUUUUUCUUGUACAAGAAAGAAAAACUGAUAUAAACGAAUAACCGAUGAUAACGAAGGUUCUCACCUUCUAUUUUUUAUCACAUAUAUUUAACAACUCUAAUUUUACUAAAUACCGGGUUAAUGUUAUGAAUAGAAUUCUCCGCUUUCAUAUUAUUCGAUUAAUUAAUAUUCAAAUACAUUCAAAAAUUAUAUCUAAUACAGAAAUUAGUAAAAUGACAAGAUAACCGAUGUGAUAAAAAAUGCGACAGAUAUAAAAAUAUAAGAUUUGAUUUCUUCGUAUCAUGCGUUAUUCUUCAUUUCUAUUUGCGUAAGAAAAUUGUGAUUUGUGGGUAGAUCGGAUAAAGAUAAUUUCGUGAAAUAUUUAUAGUAGUCGGAAAAUGAGAGAAACUUAGUGCAAUCAUUAAUUUUAAUUCAACAAAUUAUUAGUAUUAACUAUUUCCUGUAAUUUGCAAUCCAAUUUAUAAUUUAUAAUUAUUAGUAAUCCGCAGAAGAAAAUCCGCAUAUGAUCUAAAGUUAUAAAAAAACUCAAUUAGAAAAGAUAAAAACAAUCGAGAUUUUUUCGAUUCUUUUUUAAUGGACAUUUUGGAUUAUUUUACGAUUCAUAAAAUAAUUAGAGAUAAUAACUUUUUUCUUUAAUAAAGCUGUGCUUCCAUCAAUGAGACUUACCUGGACCAGCAAUUCUUUGUGUGUAAUCAGAAGCGGUCGUGUAUAAGUAUCAAAGUGCAACUUAGUCCUCGGUAACCGAUGUAUCAGUUUAGUCACCUCUACUGAUAUUAACAUAGGAUGUCGUGCGAUAAGCCACAAGCAAGGAUUCUGCCUUUCACAGGCACACAUUCGCGUGAUAGUCAGGACGACGUUAAGUCCGAGGAAUUGCCAAGUAUGAUGAAGUCCUUCUGAUGAGAUUCUAAAUGUUUCAUCGAAAAAUAAAUAGUUAAAUUAUUUUAAAUUAUUACUUGAACGUAUUAUUUGCAAAUUUCUAUUUGCAUUAUUUUUAUGCUAUUUUUCUAAAAAAUUUAUUUUAAUCUACAGAUUAAAACAGAUUUAUUGUGAUAAUAUUGUAACAUAUUAAGUAAGACUAAAUCAUUGUUUAUUUGUAGUCAAAUUGUAAUUAAAUUUAUUGUGGCCCACAGUUAGCAAAAAUACAAGUACACUUACGCAAUGUUUAAUGAUGUAGAAAAUAAUGUAAAAGACUAAAUAUUCCCAUAACUUUGUAUAGCGAUAUUUCACACUAAAACAACGGCCUUUUGCAAUAUUUGUGUAAUAACUGCUACUGUGGCGAAGAAGUGAAUUAUUAAAAAAUAAGAUCAGUAUCACACUCGUUAUUAAUGAUUGGAGUCUCCUCAGAAAAGACUGUACUCAAGGUUAUUUCCCAGGACCAUUACCGUGCCAAUGUGAAACUUGCCAUUAAAAAGAUGUGCCAAUUAUAUCAAUAUCGAGUUAUUAACGUAAGCGACUGGCGGCUAAGAAAACCGGGCGCAGAGGAAAAGCGCGAUAACAGCGCGCAAAAUGAGCGCUUAUUACUCGAACACGUGGAUGACGAAACGGAAGUCUCCUCGGAGCGACGUGCAAACACGCUUGUCGGUCGCAUCUCGGACUCGCCAGUCACGAGAAAUUGUAUGAAGUACAAUACCAGGUGAACCUGAGACAUAUCUAACUUUGUAAUUAAAUCUUAGACGUACAUAUAUAAAUAUAUAUAUAAAUGUAAGAGAUUAAAAAUAAAGCGGGAAAGAAGAUGAGGAUGAAGAAGAGAAAGAGGAAGAGGCGACGUUAACAGCGGCCGCCUCGCGUUGUCGUAAAUUAUGUACAGAAUAUUUGAAUCUUUCUUGUGAUAUAAUCGUACACAUUAUUAAGGUGUAAACCGAUAAAAAAAUACAUUAUACAUUCCAUGUUUUUUCAUAGAAGUGAAAUAUUAGUGGGAUGGUCGUCCAGCGUGAGAAACCAACUAGUAGAAUCGAACCAUGCCACGAAGACUCGCGUCUUCUUAUGGUGUUAGGGGCGGCUCUAGAACUGGCAAAGUUUUUAGGUAAAAAAACACGUACUACUGUGCUGUCGAGAUCUAAUUGUGACAUUCUUUACAUCGAAGAACUCCCUGGAAUAUUUCAUUACAUUCGCAUUUCUACUCUUACAUUUACACGAGUUCUUGGAUACGUUACGAAGAUGUCUCAUAUAAGCGAAUCCCUCGACUACUCAUAUGGGACAUAUGUAUUGCUUUUCGCGGUAGCUCGUCCCAGUGGAGUCGCCUCUGCACUACGCAAAGUGUAAGACAAUUUUGUAAAUGUUAAAACGCAUUCCAAUCUUUAAAUCUGGCGUUUCCGAUAUAUUCUGUACUUCCGUACUUGUUACAUAAUUUCACAUUUAUACGCCAUAUUUUGCAAAUAAUGCAAUUCUUCAUUAAUAAUAUAGCACGUUAUUAAUUCAGAAGAACAUCUGUUGUGAGUGAUCAGCAGUGUGACCUUUAUGAUGCGUCUUUUUACCUUAGCAAUUGCAGGAAAGAAAUUUUACGUUAGCGAAUAUAAAUAAAAGAUCGCUCUGCUGAUCAUCGUCUGAUGUACCGAAACAUCAAUGCACGUUAGAAACAAUUUGGUAUUGUGACAUCGUUCUAAAUAAAAUGACGCAUACGAGAUAAGUGACAUAAUAUAAUGGUGUAAUUAUUAUGCGAAAAGUGCGGCGAAAAAUCAGCAGCAUGCGUUUCAACAGGUACAAGAUACGUGGACGCUUGAACGCGGCCCUCGAUUGCACUUUAAGUGAACAAAUAUAACGAAGCAUCUUUUACGACUCCCGGUUCAUAUGCAGAGGGAUUAGCUAGGAAAAAGUUAGAGAAAAGAAAAAAAACUCGGCACCUUAUUUUCACUCACAACUACUUAGAUGCGACUUGUUAGAAGCUAAGGACUCCCGUAAAUUAAUACUUAUUUAUAACCCUUAGGACGGUCGUAGAAAUACGUUUUUCUACCAGAAUUUCUGUGCCAACUGCAAAGAAUGUUGUAGAUGAUUUUUUGUUUCAAGUUGAAGCAUUAUUUUAAUCUUGUAAGAUACUCAGAUAUAUCUUUAUUAAAUAUAUUUGAAUUUCGUAGUAUAUUAUAUUCUGAUAUUGAUUAUACAGUUCAUUUUGUAUAUUGGUGUGUGAUAAAUAAAUAAGAAUAUUGUUUUUAAGCAAUAUCUCCUCGUAAUAAAA